AUGCCGGCUGAGAGACAGAGACAGAAAGGUAUGCUGGCUGAGAGACAGAGACAGACAGGCAUGCUGGCUGAGAGACAGAGACAGACAGGCAUGCUGGCUGAGAGACAGAGACAGGCAGGUUCAACGUCUAGUCCACUUUCUGAUGACCAAAAUGACCAAACAGGAGUUGCUGUGGGUGUUUCGGUCGCUGUUAUUGUGUUGGUUGUAGCUGGAACACUUCUGGCAGUGUUUUGGAUGAAAAGAUCAAAGAGAUUUUGUUUCGAAACGAAAUCAGACUCUGCAGCCUCUCGUGGUCAGUCUGAUGGUGAACGGGAAUCGGACUACGACCAGAUCAAAGAGACUUCAAACUACGAGUUUGAAUCUGUACCCAAGGGAAAUGUUCCAAACACCCACAGAUACUUGACCCUCGACACCAGUACGAAUGGAACGGCAACCACAGCCCACGUGACCACAGACGAAGAUGAUUACAACGUGCUGAGUCAUAACAGUCCUCCCCACAGCCCGGUGAAGUCCAACGCCGACGCCUACAGCCAUAUCAACAAAAAGAAGAAAGGUCAAAAGCGAUGUGACGUCAUAGAUGAUGAUGAUUACGACACGGCUGGGUCAAAUGUCACGUCUUCUCGUGAUCCGACCUACAACCACGUUAUUGAUGACGUCACAGAUGGUGAUUACGACACGGCUGGGUCAAACGUCACGUCUGCUCGUGAUCCGACUUACAACCAUAUUACUGGUUCCCAAAUCGAUGACGUCACAGAUGGAGAUUACGACACAGCAGGUUCAAACGUCAUGUCUGCACGUGACCCAACAUACAGCCACAUUAAGGGUGAGGUAGAAGGUGAUUACAGCACCGCAGGUGGGGAUUCUACAGUCGAACCUGUUGCCAGUGAUGACUACAGCCAUAUCGGAGGAUAUAUGUAGUUUGACUUUACUGUU